AUGAACGUUCAAUUCAUCAACAAUCUGGCGUCUUCAGCAGCACCUGGAGAGCAUACUCAUUCCCAUGAAGGUGUAUCCCACGAACACGGUCAUGGCGGAGAGCAUGGCCAUACCCACGAACAUUACAAUGAUGCCGGGAAAUAUUCUGACCGAGAUAUGCCUGAUUAUUCUUCAAGAAAUUUCGAAGAACGUGGUUUCACUAUUGGCAUCGGAGGUCCAGUGGGUUCAGGAAAGACGGCUCUGACGCUGGCGCUAUGUCAGAAGUUCAGGAAGGAGUUCAAUUUGGGCACGGUCACGAACGACAUCUUUACGCGUGAAGAUCAGGAAUUUCUUAUCAAGAACAAGGCGCUUCCUGUUUCGCGAAUUCUUGCCAUUGAAACUGGAGGAUGUCCCCAUGCAGCUAUUCGUGAAGAUAUAAGCGCGAAUAUGGGCGCUCUAGAAACCCUUCAAGCGAAGUUUGGCUGCCAGCUGCUUCUUGUGGAGAGCGGUGGUGACAACCUUGCUGCUAACUACUCCAGAGAGCUUGCGGAUUAUAUUAUUUACGUCAUAGACGUGUCUGGAGGUGACAAAAUUCCACGCAAAGGGGGUCCGGGCAUAUCCCAAUCUGAUCUCCUCGUCAUUAACAAGACGGACUUGGCACCGUAUGUCGGUGCAUCCCUGGAGGUCAUGCAGCGCGACUCGAAGCUUAUGCGGGGUGACGGUCCAACUGUGUUUACAAGCAUCAAAGAAGGUACAGGCGUCGAUGAUGUCGUGAACCUCAUUUUAGCCGCAUGGCGUGCUGCGGGGAGCCCCGGAAUACCUGGCGCAGUAGGAGACGAAGCUUGA